AUGGGCGACUCACCAGGACCCGCAAUAGGAAAGCUGCGGAUUUCCUCCCAGUUGGAUUCGGAGCAUCCUUUAACAGCUCAUGUUCCUGUCACCAGGUUUUACACAGCCCUGGUCACGGGAGACCUGAGAAGCCUCGAGGUCCUGACUGACCGAUACCAUCAAGAUGUCAACCUGGUUUUUGAGAUCAGUAAAAAUGAGCUGGAGUGGCAGGUGAAAAGCCAAGCGUCUUAUGGAGUCUCAGGGCUGUGGGCGCUGGAGCAGCGCUGGGAGCGGAGCACCCCGCUGUGCCUGGCCGCCCACCACGGCCACCCCGCCGCCCUGCGACACCUGCUCCGCCGCCGCGCCCACCCCGACCUGGCCCCGGGCGCCCAGGGACCCCUGCACGAGGCCUGCCGGGGGGCACACACCGACUGCGUGGAGCUGCUGCUGGAGUACCGGGCGGACCCCAACCUGCGGAGCGAGGAGGGGCUGGCCCCGCUGCACCUCUGCACCACCCGCGACUCCCUGGGGUGUGCCAGGCUGCUGCUGAGACACGGGGCCGCCGUGGACCUGCCGAGCACGGCGUGCGGGGAGACGGCUCUGCACGUGGCCGCCCGGCACGGCCUCAGCGACCACGCGCGGCUCUACCUGCAGCGGGGGGCCCGCGUGGACGCGCGCAGCGCACGGGGGGAGACGGCCCUGGGCGUCCUCUGCGCCACGGCUCCCGGGGCCGGCCAGGAUUGCCUGGAGCUGUGCCGGCUGCUGGUGGCCCACGGCGCCCAGGUGGACGCGCGGGACGAGGCACGGAGGAGCCCCCUGCACAAGGCGUGCGGGGCGGCCCACGCCGGCCUGGCGCGGUUCCUGCUGCUGCGCGGGGCCGACGUCAACGCCAUCGACUACGACGGCCUGAGCCCGCUGGGCCUCGCCCUGCAGAGCGCGGCCUCCAGGGCCCGGCGGCGGCCACACCUCACCGUCCAGCUGCUGCUCAACCACGGCUCCCAGAGGAUAUGGCCCCCUGCCUUCGUCAAGGUGCUGAGGUCCUGUGCGGCCGUGCCAGAGGUCAUAGAAGUCCUCUUCAAUUCCUACUCACAAAUCCCUGUCUCCCAGGAGUGGACCGAGGCCGUGCCAGAGGAGGUGUUCCAGCAGCACCAGCCGUUCUACAAGUCCCUGUUCCAGCUGGCGGGCGCCGUGCGGUGCCUGCAGCACUUGUGCCGCUCCGCCAUCCGGGAGAACCUCGGCAGCAGGUGCCACAGCCUCAUCCCUCUGCUGCCUGUGCCCAAGGCUCUGCGGGAAUACCUGCUGCUGGAGCCCGAAGGAGCCGUGCUCUGAAGGAGCAGAUCCACGUCCAAGUGCAGCCCUGCCUUCCCCGCAGGGAGCGGGGCAGCCUCCGUUCCUGUCAGCCGAGCCGGGGAGCGCCGCUUCCCGUGAUAGAUGGUUGUUUGCCAGGGAUUUAUAAUGUAACUAAAAUGUGCUUUCACCUGUAA